AUGGCGGACAAAGCUUUUGAGAACUUCCUCCAGAGUGGCCAUGCCGAUAUUCUGAACAGUGCCUGGAGUGAGAUUUCUCAUGAACAGGAGACGUUUUUGGAUAUCGACUAUACCCUGGUCCCGCAUGAGGGCAUGGACGAUGUAGGAGCAGAGACACGCAGCAAAUUUCUCUUCGACAACUUCAACUUGGUGCUGGCGACGCUGCAAGGCUUUACUCGGGCCGGACGAGUUUUGACGGUCGACCAGCUUGCCUAUUGCAUUGGCCAGAAGUAUGGGGCAAACUUCGUUAUCCGCGAGACGAAGAAAACGCGCGGGGCGCGAAAAAAGUGGCUGGCUGACCUCAAGGCCGCUUGCGGGUACGAGCUGUUGGCUAAGAAGUUUGUGCGGCCUAAGAAGAAGCAAACACACGAUGGUCAAGUCGGAGACCAGCCGUCUCCUGUGGAGCCGGAUGGGUCGGUGAAGUCAGGAGGAAGUACGAAUGUUCCAAGUCCUGACGAGAUGGAGACUUUGCCCUGGGCAGGACACGAGGAACCCUCGGCACUGGAACCUCCCGGAGAAGAUGCUGCCGCUGACGAUGCUGUUCGGGAGAAGCUCCAGCCGCAGCAAAGCCACCCGGCGGUGAUUCUCCUGCGGCUGCACCAGCUCAAUCUGCCGGAUCUACCGGUCCUGAUCAGCCAGCUGUCGGAGAAGGAGAAGAAGAAAAGGAGCAUCCUGCUGUUCCGCUUGGCUCGUGCAAUGAAGAUCUUCACCCUGGUGGAACAGCCCGUUCAUCACUGCACCGGUGGCAUGGAAGCCACGCAGUUCACCGACCAGUUCGCGAAAGAUGUUUUGGCCACAUGGGAAGCACGCAGCUUCCCGGAAAUGUUCGCAGCCGCGGGCGACCCAACCUACGACGCAGACGAGCAAAUCAGAGUGCUGUUCGCAUCCCCUAUUGACUGGCACGAAGACGCUGAUCUACUUGACAUCGUGAAUUUCAUGAAGACGAGUGGGUUUCACAAUCCUACGUACAACUGCCGGGGGAAGGCUACUCGUGCAAAGGACAUUGCUACGGCAAUCGAUGCUGCAUUGCUGGGCAAGCUAGGGCUAACACCCGAGCAGGAGGUCGGCCAUGAUGGGCGGCGCCACGCCUUCGACAGAGAGCGGCACUGCCGCCGCGAGUUCGCCCUCUCCUGCGCCAACACCGGCCCCUGCCCCCGCCCCGGCACCCGCAGCACUUCCUAA